AUGCUUCCAGGUGACAACGACGAAGUGGAGAGCCCGCAGCAGCCGACGGCCGGCUCUACAACGCCUUCUACGGCCGAUAUCACGCGUGUGACGUCACCGAUCAAUACGUCUGCGAGCCGACCGGCUCUUAUGCGCAGUGACAGCGAAUCCAGCGCGGAGGAAACACAGCACCCGACGCUACAGCGUCAGCAUCAGGAGGUGGCCGAGGAAGGAGGCAUUUCAAAGGAAGAUAGAGAGACACCUGAGACGAAGGAAGAGGACAAGAAGGAGGGCAAGAAGGAAGACGCCGACCAACAGCCCGAAGAAGACGCAGACCCCGAGGCCAUCCACGUCCGUAUUCUGGACUUGAACGGCAAGUUCUUUAAUAUUUCGUGCCGGCUGGACUGGACCGUGGCCCAGAUGAAGCAAAAGUUGCUGGAAAGUACCGAGGUGGCCGUGGCCUCCCAAAGACUUAUCUAUCGCGGCCGAGUACUGGAGGAUGAGUCCUCACUCGAUAGCUAUAAGGUCGAGGAUGGCCACACUAUUCACCUCUUUGUAAGGGCCGCGCCCACGCCCGACCCUGAGAUCUUAAAUACUGAGCUCAAUGCCAAUGGGAGCUCCAGUUCGGCCCGAGAUGAUGGCAUCACGGUUGUAAACAUCAACAGCGACAUUGUGUCCUCGGCCGUAUUCCCGUCCGACUCGGCCAGACGUGUAGACCCGCUGAUGCUCGACUCCGCGCUGGGUAACUGUGCACGUCGCGUGAAGCUGUGGAGUUCGUUCUUGUUGAUUAUCUACACAAUGAAGGUUAUGGGCCAGUUUGCACUGCUGGCCAAUGACCAGCAGCAACGAGCAGCCCAACAAGAACAGGAAGCAGCGGGUGCCAGUGGCACGGACCGACCAAUGAACAGAUACGAUGAAUACCCGCAGUACUACACGCCGGACCCGCUGAUUGGCGGCCUCGAGCUCAUGGUUCACUGCUUCGGCGUGUACGUGGGCUGUGUGGGCUUUAAGGCCGCACACGACACGGACAUUCGCCCCAUUCGAUUCUACUGCCGAGGUGUCGUGUGGCUUGCUAUAUUGACAGUAGCAGAACAAAUUUACACAACUGUGCAGAUCUCCGAAUCGGAUUUCCCAACGGAGAGAGUGCAGUAUCCCUACGGCGGACAGGGCCCCACGAAGGACGACAUCGUGUCGGCCAACAUCUUCCAGACGAUCAUGCUCGUAGUCAUGUGGAUCAUUGCUAUUCGCCAUUCGUAUCUGCAUCAGCGUGAGGUUUCCAUCUACAACCAGUCGUUCGCAGCGGCUGCGAUGAAUGCGGCACCUCCUGUUCACCUACCUGAAGUGGUGUAA